AUGGCGUGCGGGAUGACUGUCGUGAUGUUCUGGCUCGUCUCCAGGCCGACCUUGCCAAGAUCCAAGAUCAGUUUCAACUACGCCCAAGGCGAAUCGCCCCACGUCCUAGAGACGGGAACUUAUACCCAGACUGCCAACCCUCCGAAGAUCGCGCUGUCUCCCAACGCAGAAGUUUUGGCAGUGUCCGUCGACUCAUCCAUCGAGUUCUACGACACGUAUACUGGGAAGCUGUACGAUACUGUCGAUAACGUUUAUUCAGAGACUGCCAACCCUCCGAAGAUCGCGCUGUCUCCCAACGCAGAAGUGUUGGCGGUGUCUGUCGACUCAUCCAUCGAGUUCUACGACACGUAUACUGGGAAGCUGUACGAUACUGUCGAUAACGUUUAUUCAGUUCGGCCAAUCUGCGAAGAACCAGUGAACGAUUUAAAACCAAUCCGGCCAGUUGACGAGAGAUUCAACCACGACAUCGACCAGCAGACCGGCUACAAGACGCGGUCGCUGCUGUGUAUGCCGAUCAAAGACAUCAACGGAGAGGUUAUCGGGGUCGCACAGGUGAUAAACAAGCAGAACGACGGCCCGUUCACGGCGAACGACGAGAAAGUGUUCGCCUCCUACCUCCAGUUCUGCGGGAUCGGGCUCCGGAACGCGCAGCUGUACGAGCGGUCCCAGCUGGAGGUGAAGCGGAACCAGGUGCUUCUGGAUCUGGCGCGGAUGGUGUUUGAGGAGCAGAGCACCAUCGAACACAUGGUGCUGAGGAUACUGACGCACACUCAGAGCCUCAUCCGCUGUCAGCGAGUACAGGUGCUUCUAGUCCACGAGGCGUCCAAAGGCAGCUUCUCGCGGGUGUUCGACCUGGAGGCCGGCGAUGAAGCGGAGCCCGGGACCCCUCGGACUUCGCCCUACGAGAGCCGGUUUCCCAUCAACAUCGGCAUCACGGGCUACGUCGCUACUACUGGCGAGACCGUGAACAUCCCAGAUGCGUAUUUGGACGCACGUUUCGACCCGUCUGUGGACGAAGGCACAGGGUUCAAACACAACACCAUCCUCUGCAUGGCCAUCAAGAAUUCCGAAGGAAGAAUCAUUGGAGUCAUUCAGCUGGUGAACAAAUUCGACGAGCUGUUAUUUACCAAAAACGACGAGAACUUCGUGGAGGCGUUCGCGAUAUUCUGCGGGAUGGGCAUCCACAACACGCAUAUGUACGAGAAAGCCAUCACGGCCAUGGCCAAGCAGAGCGUCACGCUUGAUGUGUUAAGUUACCACGCGUCCGCUUCGUUAGACGACGCUCAACGGUUACGGACCCUAAGGAUACCAUCAUCAGUCCACUUCAGCCUCCACGAGCUGGAUUUCGACGACAUAGACCUCUCAGACGACGACACCCUCACGGCAUGUCUGCGAAUGUUCCUAGAUCUAGACUUCGUGGAACGCUUCCAUAUAGACUACAGCGUCCUCUGCCGGUGGUUAUUGAGCGUCAAGAAGAACUACAGGAAUGUGACGUACCAUAACUGGAGGCAUGCUUUCAAUGUUGCCCAAAUGAUGUUCGCUAUACUGACGGAGACGCAGUGGUGGAAGAUAUUCGGCGAGCUGGAGUGCCUGGCGCUGAUAAUCGGCUGCCUGUGCCACGACCUUGAUCACCGGGGGACCAAUAACUCUUUUCAGAUCAAGGCAUCAUCACCGCUCGCCCAGCUGUACUCAACAUCCACGAUGGAGCACCACCACUUCGACCAGUGCCUGAUGAUCCUCAACUCGCCCGGGAACCAGAUCCUGGCGAAUCUGUCUUCGGACGACUACGAGAAGGUCGUCAAAGUGCUCGAAGACGCUAUACUGUCCACCGAUUUGGCUGUUUAUUUCAGCAAACGCAAGCCCUUCAUCGAGCUGGUGAGCAGCGAGCGCUGCGUGACAGUCGCGUGGGGCGAGUGCGAGGACCGUCGCGGGCUCCUGCGGGCGAUGCUGAUGACGGCGUGCGACCUCGCCGCCAUCACCAAGCCCUGGCCCGUCGAGCGCCGCGUGGCCGCGCUCGUGGCCGGCGAGUUCUUCCGCCAGGGCGACCUGGAGCGACACAACCUCAACCUGACGCCCAUAGUGAGUGUCGCUUGUAGCGCGCCCGUAGUGUCGCUUGUAGCGCGCCCAGCGACCGCCGCCAUCACCAAGCCCUGGCCCGUCGAGCGCCGCGUGGCCGCGCUCGUGGCCGGCGAGUUCUUCCGCCAGGGCGACCUGGAGCGACACAACCUCAACCUGACGCCCAUAGAUAUAAUGAACCGAGACAAAGAAGACGAACUCCCUGCUAUGCAAGUCAAAUUCAUUGAUACGAUUUGCUUGCCUAUUUACGAGGCAUUCGCAGUACUGUCGUCAUCUUUACAACCAAUGCUCGAUAGAGUGAAGAGCAAUCGGGCGCAUUGGAUCGACCUCGCGAACAACGACAAAAACAAUGACAAAAUCGAGUACGGUCUCGAGAAAAACCACAUCAACGAGCGAAACGACAAAUCUAGCAUCAGCUCGCAAAACGUUGAUGACACAGAGAACACUUACGAAGGCGAUAGCAGCGGAGCCGUGAGUCUGUCUUCAGAGUCCAACUCCAAAUAUGAAAAUAUCGAAAACCCCGUUGUAGGACUCCUUUGCAACAACGUCCUAGCGAUACCGCGGGAUUCCAGCAAGUUCUCAAACAUGAACGAGCUAAACUAAAUACAAAAUGAGACGGACAUUUAUGUGAUAUAGUGAAACGCGUCUUAUUUGCGGAUAGCGUCCAAACCUCAUUUCAAAGGCCAAUAGCGAAGCCAAAUCGUCCAACGUUAAGUUUUUAGUGUAAAGAUACAUUUUAGUGUCUAUUAGCACAAUGUGUUACUCAAUAACGAUAUAGUUUUGCAUUUUAGAUGUUUAUCUUUUUAUUUUAUAAGUUACGGUUUUGUAACUGAUUGGGUUUUAUUGAGCUUACGAUUCCGUAUGUUUUGCCGCCAUAUUUUUUCAUGUUCCUAUUGGCUUGAAAUCGAGGUCCUUUACGAGAGUGAACGGUACUUGCGUUACAAACAACGUUGUGUGAUAUUCGUGUAGUUAGAUGAUGAUUUAGUUGAAUUCGAGAUGAUUCACCUAACGCAAGGCGUUUAUCGAUAAGUUAUCAGGAUUCUCGCACUAUUUUUGUACACUUCAUUUAGCUUUACAUGAAUAAUUUUAAGAAAUUUAUAAUGUAUGUACCUAAAUGUUUUGAUUUACCUCAUUCGUCUAUUCCUACGUAUUACAUGAAGUCAUUCGUGUGUCGAUAGUUUUCGUAUCAUUUAAGAUACUCGUAAUGAACAUUUAAUAUUAUAUUGAUGAAUUAUUUGAAACUAAUGAACAGGGCCUAUACGUCAUGUCUAACGUAGUUUUUAUCAAAUAUAUGACCAAAAUACCAAAAAUUUUGAAUAGUGCUAAAUUGUUUUUGUUCAUAAAACAUAUAAUAAGACAUUCAAGCUUUGAGUAUUAAAAUGUAUAUUUAUAGAGUUUGGCAUUAUUAUGUUCGUGUAAAAUUUGACUUGUGCGUGAAAUAUAUCCAUCAGAUACAUAGAAUCAUGACCUACAUAUCGGGAAAUGAAUGUAUAACCAUAUAAUGUGUAUGUGACAAGGGUAUAGUGAAUAAUAUGUGACUAUAAUGUACACGUGUUGUAAAGUAUUUAAGAAAUAAGCUUUUUAUUUCUUUUAUUUUUAUUAACAUUUGUUUCAAACUUGUAAAAUAACAGAAUAGACACGUGCACAUUGUAAUCUCUUAAAAUUUUAAUCGCACAUUAUGUAAAUAGGACCUUAAAUUAUUAACGAAGCGUAAUUUUUGGUAAGUAAUGUACUUAUUAUGAAAUCGGGUUCUGAUUUAAAUAAUAUUCAGUUUUGUAGUCGCUCUGUACGGAACGCCCGCCUCGCAAUAGUUUUACGCCUGACAGUUAAACCACAAAUACAGUGCUAGCACAUCAAGCUUUACAAUUGUAUUGCAAAAUGGUACGUAUUGCAACUGCGUAAGAUUCCACGAUGCUUGAUGCGCCCGAUAUUUGGUGGCUUGUGGAUUUUUGGGAGACUAAACUCUGACCAAUAGAUGCUGUAAAGGCGCGCGCGCACGGUUCACUUUUGUCACCGUGACAGUAUGUCUCUUGGAUAGAUAAGUUCAAAUAGUAUGUUAUCUCUCUCUUUCUCUUUAUGAAAGUGUAAAAGAGAAAGAUGUUAUCAGUGCGCGCAUAACCUAAGAAGAUAAUGUCAUCGUUGCAAUCUAUUGGUGAUUUUAGUUAAGCUUUCCGUCACAGGCUACUAAAGUAUUGGCAGCACUGGAAAAGGGACUAGAAGUUCGCUCGGUUAUGAUGGCAUACUGUAGCAUAGAAAUAGCAUUAUUGUAGUCUAUAUUUCUUACGUUUUCUGUAACUGUUUUUUAUCUGGUUUUUUUUCUGAGAUUAAUUGUUUUUUCGAACAACCCUUUGUAACCAUUUUUGAUUGUUUUUUUCCCGUUCAUUUACAAAAUAUUAUUACAUCCUUUUUGCAAGAAGGCAAAGGUAAAUGAAAACUUUUUGAAUAUUAUGUUGAUUAGUAUAUUUUUUGCAAUAUUUAACCCAUUUGGUGCAUAUAAUCGAGCGGGCCUUCCCCUUUUGUGGUUGUAGCAAGAACCAUUCCAAUUAAUUGUUUUGUAUCAUAUUACCUGCUGUUUGUGUCGUCCGUUAAUAAAAACGCGUAAUUAAUAAUUAUUAUGUCAAUUAAAAUAUACAAAAUGUAUAAUCAAAUUUUUUUAUGUAAUGUAUA